UUCUCCACAACAUUUUCAAUCUCAUCUUCUCACCCGUUGCUUCUCAGUGGGGAGUCCCUAGAAACUAUUAUUGCGCCUAGGGUUUUCUUCUUUUGUGGGUUUCGUUUUCACCAAUGAAGGAAUUUGGAGUGAGAAUCGAGGGACAUGGGAUUUAAUUAGAAUUUGGGAAGGAAGCUUGGCUCAUGAAUUUCGAAUCUCUCUUUCAUUUAUGAUUUGAAUCAACCGCUUUUGUGUUUUUCAUCCUUGAAGAAGUCAUGAGAAGGGCAACUUUAUUGUUGAAGCUUACUCCUCCCAUUUGGCUAUUUCGUUUUUGUUCAGUGUCGGCCUACUCGUUAGUCGACGAGUUCACGAAAUUUUGCUAUCAAAGGGAUCUUCCAAGAGCCAUGAAAACGAUGGAAGCGAUGCAGAGAAACUGUCUCUAUGCCGAUGCAAUUACUUACUCCGAGCUUAUCAAGUGCUGCCUUCUUCGUGGGGCUGUAGAACAAGGUCGGCUUGUUCAUGAGCAUGUUUUCUCAAAUGGGUACGAGGCCAAAACAUUCUUGAUCAAUACUCUGCUUAAUAUGUAUGUAAAAUUCGGCCUCUUGGAUGAAGCCCAGAAUCUGUUCGACGAAAUGCUCGACAGGAAUGUUGUCUCUUGGACGACUAUGAUAUCUGCUUAUUCCAGUUCCAAUCUUAACCAUAAGGCGUUGGAGUUUCUGAUAUUGAUGUUUAGAGAAGGUGUUCGACCUAAUAUGUUUACGUAUUCUUCGGUUUUGAGAGCUUGCGAUGGUUUGUUGAACCUCAGGCAGCUACAUGGUAGCAUAAUGAAGGUGGGUUUGGAAUCUGAUAUCUUUGUAAGGAGUGCUCUGAUCGACGCUUACUCAAAAAUGGGUGAACAGCGAGAUGCUUUGAAUGUUUUUAACGAGAUGGUUACAAGUGAUUUGGUUGUGUGGAACUCCAUUAUUGGUGGUUUUGCUCAGAACAGUGAUGGGGAUGAAGCUUUGCGUCUUUAUAAGAGAAUGAAGAGAGCUGGUUUUGCAGUUGAUCAGUCUACAUUAACUAGUGUUUUGCGAGCCUGCACUGGGCUAGCGCUCUUAGAGUUGGGCAGACAAGUGCAUGUCCAUGUAUUGAAGUAUGAUCAGGAUCUAAUCCUUAACAAUGCACUUCUUGACAUGUAUUGCAAAUGUGGCAGUCUAGAAGAUGCAAACCUUGUUUUCACAAGGAGGAUGACAGAGAAGGAUGUCAUCUCAUGGAGCACUAUGAUUGCAGGAUUAGCUCAAAAUGGCUUUAGCACAGACGCACUUAAAUUGUUUGAAUCAAUGAAAUCUAAAGGGCCAAAGCCAAAUUACAUCACCGUACUUGGGGUUCUUUUUGCCUGUAGUCAUGCAGGGCUUGUAAAUGAUGGAUGGUACUAUUUUAAAUCUAUGAAGGAACUUUUUGGGAUUGAUCCUGGAAGAGAGCACUAUGGUUGCAUGAUUGAUCUUCUUGGUAGAGCUGGAAAGCUUGACGAAGCUGUGAAGUUGAUCCAUGAAAUGAACCAUGAACCAGAUGCAGUGACAUGGCGAAUCUUGCUUGGUGCUUGCAGAGUCCACAAGAAUGUGGAUUUAGCCAUAUAUGCUGCUAAAGAAAUCCUGAAACUGGAUCCUUUCGACGCCGGGACGUACAUAUUGUUAUCGAAUAUUUAUGCCAAUUCCCAGAAAUGGGAAGAUGUUACAGAAGUUAGGAGCAGGAUGAGAGCUAGGGGAGUGAAGAAAGAACCAGGAUGCAGCUGGAUUGAAGUGAGCAAACAAGUUCAUGCUUUUAUAUUGGGAGACAACUCACAUCCAAGAAUAAAAGAGAUAAAGAGGGAGCUAAGCCAAUUAAUUCAAAGAUUAAUGAGAGUGGGUUAUGUUCCAGAUACAAAUUUUGUGCUGCAGGAUCUUGAAGGAGAACAGAUGGAAGAUUCCCUUCAAUACCACAGCGAGAAACUGGCAAUUGUGUUUGGUUUGAUGAGUUUGCCAAAUCAGAAAACCAUUCACAUAAGGAAAAACCUCAGAAUCUGUGGGGACUGUCAUAUCUUUGCAAAACUUGUCUCACAGUUGGAGAAUCGAGUCAUCGUCAUUCGAGAUCCUAUUCGAUACCAUCAUUUUCGGGAUGGUGUGUGCUCUUGUGGUGAUUACUGGUGACAUGACCUUCAGUCUAUUAUCAGCUAUUUUGUGUGACACUUUAAGAGCUUCUUUGGAAUUACUCUUUUGCCUUGGAAUAUCCAAGGUUUGUACAGUUCUUCAAAGCUAGUUGAUCAGCAAUGUUAGCAAAGUUUGAUUGUUGUAAUCAAACGGCGUACGCUAUCAAAGGGUUCAUCAGAAUUGGGAUUGGCAAUUAUUUAGCACUAGCAACAACAAAUGUUGUGAGGCCUCAUUGGCAGCUUAUGGUGUGAUACACUGGAUUGUAUUACCCACAAGUAAGGUAAACACAGAACAAACAGAGAAAUCCAUAACCUAAUUGCAAGGAUGAUCAAAGCGGCAGUAGUCAAAACCCCAGGCCAGAAGCAAUUGGAGUUGGGGACUUUUUUGCCUGAGACCUGCUUACUUAAUGGAGAAUUGGGCUUCUUCAAAACCAGAACUACUAUCCCCCAGAACGGGUGAGCGUCGGUGGAGCCGCACAAUGGAAUUGUCAUUUUAUACAUCCAGACAAAAAGAAGCAUCAAAACUGUGGACAAUGAUGAAAGACAUUUUAUAUUGGACAAUUAUGGACAAAAUGUAGAAAAAUCAAAACUGACAUUAAAGAUGGUAUUCUAUUUCGAUUGAAAACUAACAUUAAAGGUAGUUGACAUUGAAAUGUUGGUCAUGUAUAAUGUCUGUUGAAAACCGACAUUGAAGGCCUUUGAUGAAUUUUAACUGAUAUUAUACUCCUAUAAUAUCAGUUUUAAACCGACAUUAAAGUCUAGUUUUAUAGUAGUGAAUGCUUCAAAUAAAUAACUGUUGAGAUAUUUUUUUUUUUUUUAAUCAUCUUUUAUAAGUUUGAAGAGUCAUGCCACGCCCUAGUCAAAAGUAGGAGGCACACUUGUUACUUCAGGACGAAUGACUCUCUAGUUAUUGAUUCCACCACCAAGCAAGGCAUGACAGUGGCGUCAGGAUCUAGAUCACGCAAGAGGCGAACAAGAGGGCAUUGUCGAAACUUUGAAUUAGACCAAUAUGUGAGUAAUUAACAUGGGAGGAUCAGGAUUGAGAUUAAGGCAGAGGUUAGAAAACCAGUUUGUGCUAAUGCCAAUAGAUUUAGCAAGUCCAUCGGUACCAUUGCUCGAAACACAAUUACGUUAUGCUGUAACACCUAGAAAGAUGUACCAAAAGAAGUAUGGAACUUAGCCAUGGAUCGAUUGUCGUCAUAUUUUGAUGUUGAUGUGACAAAAAGGCGUAUGAAAAAGUAUGUAUUACGACAAUUUCAAAAUACGUUCAAAGAAUAUAGAGCAGAGCUAUACAAGCAAUACUGUAGGUUCGAGGACCCAAAAGUAGCCCGUGAAAAUUCACAUGAAAGGAUGAAAAAUUUAGAAGAUUGAAACCGUCUAUGCAACAAAUGGAAGUCUCUUGAAUGGAAGGUAUAUAUUUUCUUCAGACUUGUUAUAGACCUAAAUAACUCAGUUGUAUCAAUCACACUGUUGUAGGAAACAAUGGAGAGAAACAAGAAGAGUCGAGUGAGUCUCCCUUACCUUCAUCGAACCGUGUCCAAGUGAUUUAUCCAAGUACAAAAAAAUGAAGAAUUUUGACGCUGACGAGUUGGAUUUAUUCCAAAAAGUCAUUUUUGUGAAAAAGAUGGUUGGGUGAAUGACCAUGCAAAAGAAGCAUGUGCAAGUUAUUCUCUAUCAUAGGUUGGUUGCUAUGAUAUGGUUGGAGGAGAACUUUCGGACCAAUCACAGAUCGCCACGUCAUUUAUUAAAUUAACGACGAAAUGCCAAAAUCAUCAAAUUU